CGACUAAUACAUCGUUGGAGCAACUUGACCCCAGUUGUGAAGCGAGGCAGCAUCGCGGACAGGAAUGACUCGGGCUUAAUCUUUUCCCUUAUUUCCGUGAACUUCUCCGUUAUUAUUUCAUCGGCCUUCUAUCCAUCGCGACCUAAACUAGGUAGCUCGUUCCGUCCUCGAUCCUCGCUCGCGAACCUUGAUGAGCACAUCGACCCAUGCCUAAGCCAGGGAGCGUUUUGGGCGCAACCCGUGCUAGUCACAAAGAUGCGACGAACUCCGGGCGUGGAAGAGGCCGGGGACGAAGCAGCGUGAACGGCACGAAGCCUCAUACCGGGCGUCACACAGCGACUUCAGGACGUGGAAGAGGCCAGGCUCAAUCGGCGUGGCAUGCAAGCAGUGGUGCUGGUACCGAACUGGGAGGGGAGACCCUGACUGAAUCACUGUCAUCGAACUCGCCUUUUGCUCAGAUCAAGCAAAUCAAUAACAAUGCCUUCUCGUCCGCGAACGGAUCGAGAGCGCCCCUCAUGUUCGGAAAGCCAUCGGCUACCCCAGAAACCACCAACGUCAAUGUCUUUGGAGCGCCUUCUGUUGUGCCCAAAACGGUGGGUAGUCAAAGUCAUGUGGAUCCUGCCAAAGAUCCGCGUCGUCGUCCUACUUCGAAACGACCAGUUCAGAAAUCUUCAGCUGUUUCGAAUUUAUUGGACGGCGCGAAACCAGUGGACUACCAAGAACGCUAUGAGAAGCUUAAAAUCGAUCGCAAUGCGAAGCAGGAAGAAAGGGCCGCCAAGCAAAAUAAGACAACCGAUCCUAAGAAAAAGCUACAGGCCCAAACUCCGGUUGGCACAUGUACAACCAUGUGUCCGGAAUAUGAGAGAGUAGAAAGGAUUAUUCAAAAAAUGAUUGACAAAAGCGAAAAAUCUUUUGAUCCUUCUACCGGAAAUUUCGAAGUGCAAGAGCUCAAAAUGAUAAAAAGAUUCAGACGAUCAGCUGCGGGUUUAGAUGAGCCCCUGCCAUCUGAUAUCCGCACACCCAUCACUCUUCUGUACACUAUGAACUACCUUAUCCGACACGUCAUUAGCGGGUCUGAACCCCUUGGUUUGGUCCAUAAAUUCGUCUGGGAUCGUACUCGAUCAAUAAGAAAUGAUUUUUCAGUUCAACAGGUGACCAAGAUAGACGAUGUUAAAAUGGCAGUCAAGUGCCUUGAACGAAUAGCCCGUUUUCAUAUUGUUUCGCUACAUUUACUCUCUAGCCCGAACAACGAAGAGCAUUUUGAUCACCACCAGGAGCGAGAGCAGCUCAACAACACUAUGCUUUCUUUGAUGCAUUACUAUGAUGAUAAUCGAAGGCUUAUUGACUUCCCGAAUGAGGCUGAAUUCCGUGCAUACUAUGUCGUCUUGGCUUUUCAUGAUCAGCGCCCGGAUAUCGAGGAUCGGGUACAAAGGUGGCCGCGAGAAAUCCUUGAGAACCCCAAGGUGCAAGUAGCAUUGGAUCUCCUGGCAGCCGCCAGCAAUACCUGGGAAUAUCAAAGUGUGUUGGAGGAGGUGCGUCCCAACGUGAUAGCAUUAGGGUUUUACGAGAGAUUUUUCAGUUUGGUUGAUUCGCCAUCUGUGUCUUAUUUGAUGGGCUGUGUUGCGGAAAUUUAUUUCAGCAGUGUCAGACAGACUGCACUCCGAUCCAUCUGGAAAGCAUACUGUCGUGUUCCAUUAUCCCAACAGCACAAAAACGAAGAUUGGACUCUGGAUGAGCUUACUCGAACACUUUACUUUGAUGAUGAUGCUCAAACCGAAGAAUUCCUGGAAGAACAGGGGCUUCAGCUUAUGGAACGGGAUGAUGGGGCUUGGUGUUUGAAUUGGGGUAGUAGCCCAAUCGACUUCGCUGACUUCAAAGCCUCUUCGCAACACAUAUUCUCUGAUAGAUACGUUGAGGUGAAACGCGGUGGUAGAACACUUGCUGCUCUCAUCCUUGGGUUGAAUAUACAACAAGCAGCGACCCGUCACAUGAUUGACGCUACUUUAAUUGAGUCUCAUGCUUCUGAUAUGUCCGUCAACGAUGACGACAGUGAACUUUUCGUUGGCCAAAAUGAACAGCAAGAUUGUGAACAAGUUGAACCUAGUACUGACGCUGUUAACCAUUUGGUACCAUCCAGCUUCCAUGCUGGGCCAUUGGCUUCGUCUCCUCCAUUUCUGGGGAACAAUGAUUCACCGUCACACCCAACGUUGUUAGUGUCUUCGGGUGAUGCCGAACCCCAACCUUUUCAAUUACCCAAAUUUUCGGCUACUACGUCCAUUGAAUCAUCAAAACCAAAUUUUUCGUGGCCUGCUUCCGUGAACGAUACAACAGCAACACCAGAGGCUUCAUCAAAAAACCUCUUUGGGAAACAAUCACAACCAUCACAAUCACCAUUCUCCUGGCUAUCGUCUUCCCAGGGUCCUUCAUCAACGGUGGCUGCACCUCCCCCCCCAUCCGCCGAGCCCUCGAAAACGUUGUUCUCUUUUGUGCCUACGUUUCCUAAUUCCGCUUUGUCGGAUUCUCCAGGCCCUACAAUUACUCAAGAAUCCAAACCUCUUUUUGCAUUGACGCCGUCAUCAUUUCCAAGUCAACUAGUGAUACCUCAAAUCCCUACAACAGCUGCAUCAACCGAGGCGCCGAACUUUCUUUCUUUGGAAUCAGCAGAGUCUCCCAACCUACCUGCGACAUCAUCUCCUGCUAUCAAUGCACCGUCGAGCAUGGCCCCGGCACCAUUUUUCUCCUGGAAGCCCUCAUUAUCUCCUCCCGAAACAUCUACGAGCUUUUUCAAGCCACAACCGCCAAUAUUUCACAAUCAAAAAAAUCAGUCAUACAUGAAAAGUGCGUCAGCCGUGAUACCCAGCGCAACUCCAACCGACGAUGUUAUGGUUGCCCAUUCGAACGAAACCCCUGGCCUAGAGGCCGGUGAUAAACCACCUAGCAUUGAGUCUACCCCAAAACCGGACUCUUUCACAGAAGAAUAUCCAGAAGAAUUCCGCCAGUCAUGGAUAGAAACUCUGAGGCAAGCUGCAAAGGCCAAUCGAGGCUCAACUUCUAGUCGUAAACGGCCGCUAGGGGCCGAGGAGAUUCCAGAAUCAGCUGGGUUGAAGCCGGAAAUACCAGCUUUCAAGGUUCAAAAAGCAGUGGCCGAAGAGGUUCUGAAGCCCGAGCCUGUACGACAAAUUCCAAAAAAGAAAUCACUGGCUCUAGCUUCGAUUGCACCUCUUCCAACCCUCCCAAUCCUCGAAGAAGUGAAGAAAAUGACUGAGCCUAGGAAAUGGGAGGAGGAUGAACUUGCAAGUUCUAAAGCAUCGCAAAUCGAUGAGGAUGAAUUACUACUUUCGGCUGCUCGUAUCGCAGCAGAGCAAUUGAAGAACGGACCGAAACUUACGGGAAGUAUGCCGUCCUACGCACAUGCAGACUCAUUUCGCUCCUCUACCUCUCUGGGGCGAAGUCUCAAUUCGUCGACUCAUUCUCAUAGCGCGUCACCUUAUGCCCGCAUUAAUGGGUAUGAUGUUGCCUUGGCGCCUGAGACUCCUCUAGGCCUCGGACGCACCCUGUCACGUACUGAACAGCGUUUGAGGUUAACUGGAGGCAAAGGGUUGGCAUACAAACCACUCCAACUCACGCCAGGUAAAUUGAAAGAACCCGGUGAAGCGGGACAGCUGGGGAAAAGGAAAAAAACCAAAAGCCAAUCUUCGACUUAAACGGUUUCGAGACCCGUGGUAACUAUCACUUGUAUUUAGUAUUUAAGCACAGGUUCGGUGCAUUUCACUCAGAUUUGAUCACAUGUACAUAUAACUACGUGGCACAAAGGAGUAUUUGGUAUUUGGUAUUUGGUAUUUGUGGGGUUUGUGAUUUUAUGUUUUUUAGGCAUGGCGAUGGUGACACAUUUAGAUGAGAUACCAAUGCAUUUGAUUUGCUAACAUGUAUACAAA